AUGAUGCUGCUGGCUCUGCUUCUGGUUCUGAGUCUCUGCUCUGACGCUCGCUCCACCGAGCCGUCAUCAAUAACUAUCCAGUACCGGGUUUGGGAGGAGCAGCCAACGGGAACCCGGGUCGGCCGGCUGGUCGAUGACCUCCGGCAGAGGGAUGAAAGCGGCCUCCUGGAGGAUUUCCAGGUGGUGGAGCACGGGAAAGCCCUUCCCUUCUCCGUCAGCACUCGAGACGGGGUCGUCUCCACCCAGGGCCGGCUGGACAGGGAGGAGCUGUGCCGUGGGUCGGACCUUUGCGAGCUGGCCUUCAGCGUCCUCUACAGGAAAAGUGGAGCUGUGAACUGCCUGCGAGUUCGCGUGGAGGUGAUGGACCUGAACGACCACAGUCCCAGCUUCCCCAGCACGCUGCAGGAAGUGGAGAUUUCAGAGACAGCCAGCCUCAGGAUGCGGAUCCCUUUGGACCGGGCGGUGGAUCCUGACGCGGGGCCAAACAGCCUUCAAACCUACUCGCUGUCCGUCAACCAACAUUUUGCUCUGGACGUGACAGUCGCACCAGGUGGGACCAAACAGGCAGAGCUAGUGGUGAUCAAAGAGCUGGACAGGGAGGUUCAGGACACGUUUGACCUCAUCCUGGUGGCGUGGGAUAAAGGGAACCCACCCAGGUCUGGGAGCACGUUAGUGCGUGUUAAUAUUCAGGACUCAAAUGAUAACAGCCCAGUGUUUGAGGACAGCACCCCUACUGUGGAGCUAUCUGAGGAUACAGCCCGAGGGACAACCAUCAUCAACCUCAAGGCCACUGACCCGGACCAGGGGGCCAAUGGGGAGGUGGAGUAUUCACUCAGUAAGCAUACCCGCCCAGAGGUACAGAGACUUUUCUAUGUGGACCCACAAAGUGGAGCUGUGAGUCUCAAAGCUCCUCUGGACUAUGAGGCCCAGCCCUCUUAUGAAGUCAUCAUCCAGGCCCGUGACCGCGGGCCCAACGCCAUCCCCACACACUGCAAACUCCACGUGAAGCUUCAAGAUGUAAACGACAAUGCCCCGAGGAUACACAUGACCUGGACUCCACCCAACUCACCUGUGGCCACUGUGCUGGAAGGAGCACCUCUGGACACCUUCCUGGCUCUGGUGAUGGUGUCUGAUGCCGAUUCAGGAGAAAAUGGCAAAGUGAGGGCGCUCAUUCAGGAAGAAUCAGGCCCUUUCCGCCUUAAACGCAUCCACGGUGACAAUUACAUGAUUGUUACAGACGGCAGCCUGGAUCGAGAGAAGGUCAUGCAGUAUAACAUCACGCUGCUUGCCCAGGAUUACGGAGAUCCUCCGCUGUCUUGUGUUAAACACCUGCCUGUCCAUGUUCUGGAUGAGAAUGACAACGCUCCGGUGUUCUCCACCUCCCUCUACAAGGCCUCCGUCAAGGAAAAUAAUGUGGCAGGCCUCCAUGCCCUCAAAGUUGAAGCCCACGAUGUUGACCUGGAGUUCAGCGGCAGAGUGUCCUACUUCAUACGCAACCCCAACAAAGUGGAAACUGACACCGAAUCUUUUUCCAUCAAUCCGACCAGUGGAGUCAUCAGCGUCCAGCGUCCUCUAGACUACGAGGAAUCCCGCUCCUACUCUUUCAUGGUGGAGGCAGUUGACCAGGGUCAUCCGCCUCUCACCAGCACGGCCUCUGUGCAAAUAGACAUCCAGGAUGUGAACGACAACUACCCUGUCAUCAAGGAGCCAAAGCCCAGAAAAGGUGUGGCUUCUCUCAGUGUACCUGUCAACACAGACAAGGGGGAGAUUGUGACGGAGCUGGGGAAUGAUACAGAAGAGGACUCCACCCCUUCGCCCAUCAAUCACUUGGUCAGAGAGGGACUUGUUGGAUUCCUUGCAUCCACCAUAAAGGCAGAGGACCCAGACUCGGGGCUGAACGGACAGCUCAGCUACCUCAUCACAGAUGGAAACCCUGAUGGGCUGUUCUGGUUGGAUCAGAUGACAGGCCAGCUGUUUGUUAACACCACCAACGCCACCGAGCUCAUUGGGAAAACUUUUAAGGUGAACAUUGCUGUGUCCGACAUGGGCACUCCCAGCCUGAGCACCAAGGCCACUCUGGAGGUGACUUUCAUCAAUCUCAGGGACCACCUGAAGAACUCUUCACCUGGCACCCGCGGACAGCUCAGCUUCACCAUGAUGAUGGCGAUCUGCCUGGGUGCCACCUGCCUGCUGCUCCUGUUGGCCAUCGCUUUGGUAACAACGUUCUGCCGCCCAGAGAAACGGGACAGCCGGGCGUACAACUGCAGACAGGCUGAGUCGACGUACACUCGCCACCCGAGGCGCCCACAGAAGAACAUCAGGAAGUCUGACAUCCAGCUAAUUCCUGUCAUCAGAGGGCGAAAGGAGGAGCCUCUUGAGGAUGAUAGUGAAGCCCAGCCACUGGCUCCUCCUCCAAUGGUGUCAGACGAUCCACAAACUGACAGGCAGUAUACCUUAACGCCAUCAGUCAUGAACACAAGCUUCCAUUCCCAAGGCUACCCUGAAGGGGAUCAACCUGCCACCCACUACAGCAAGACGCUACGGAAACCUGGGAAUAUCGAACUUGAUGGCACUUUGCCUCUGACGCCUGCCAGCUCAUACAGGAGUCUUCGGAAAGCAAGAAACCCUUCGUCAUCCUCUUCAGUCUCACAUUCGAGCACCUUGAAGCGUCAGGCUCACGCUGGAGGGGAGGAGGCGGAACGGUUGAGUUCAUCAUCCCAGGCGACUCUCAGGAGGCCGAGGACCUCGGAGGGACGAGGGGGGCCCGAUGCAGAACAUCGGCAGAUGCUUCGAAACCUGGUUCGACUGUCCAUGGCUGCGUUUGGAGACUCCAUUGAGCUCUCCUCAGCUUCCCCAGAAGUGCAGCAGAUCUCCCAGCUCCUCUCCCUCCUCCGGCAGGGUCAGCUGCAGCCCAGGCCCAACUUCAGAGGGAACAAAUACUCCCAUCGCAAUGGCAGGUAUGGAGGCCAGGACUGCUCUGAUUGGCAGAGCACCAAAGACAGCGGACAUGGAGAGAGUGAGGCUGGAGAUGUGGACUGGGAACCAGGAAGAGACUCACCCAUAGACCCUCAGCUGGAGGAGGGACUCAACCACCUGCUCAACCACCCUGAUGACGUCUUCUCGGAGGUGAAUGACCCGGCCUGGAUGGCCCGACUCUCUCUCCCACUCACCAGCGAUUACCACGACAACGUAUUUGUCCCCAACGGGCCUCCGUCCACUGACAGCGAACUCCUGCCGAGGGACGCCCUGGACUCCUCGUCCUUCUCCACCUUCGGUAAAUCUCCAGAGAAGGACGGCCCACUGGGCGGGGCCCUCCUGUCUGAGGUCAGCACGCUCUUUGAGAUGCUGAUGACGCAGAAGGCAGACUCACACCCUGGUCCUCGGCCUGACGUCCUGUACCGACUAUCUGCAGCAUACCGCCGCUCGCUGGGCCUAGAUGCCAACGCCCCCACUGCCGCAGGCAACACACAGAGGAACUCUGGGAACACUGAGAAGAGGUCGGGUCUGGCUGCACCCUCAGGACUUUAUUAA